GUCAUCACAGUUUUUGCAGACGAACUUUUAGAUUGAAGAUCUGCAGGAUCAGAACUAAACGAGAACGAAGCAGAACCAGGACUCGGAGAUGGACCGGGAUCAGAACCAGGACUCGGAGAUGGACCGGGAUCAGAACCAGGACUCGGAGAUGGACCGGGAUCAGAACCAGGACUCGGAGAUGGACCGGGAUCAGAACCAGGACUCGGAGAUGGACCGGGAUCAGAACCAGGACUCGGAGAUGGACCGGGAUCAGAACCAGGACUCGGAGAUGGACCGGGAUCAGAACCAGGACCAGGAGUCCAGCAUCAGGACCAAAGCGGGAUCUUCCUCUGCUGGUCUGCAGAAACAUAAAGGCAAAGAGAGACCCACUAGUUAUCGCUGUGAUCACUGCAAGAAAGUCCUCACCACUUCAUCAGGUCUGAGAAAACAUAAGAUGAUUCACACUGGAGAUAAACCGUUCACUUGUGAUCAGUGUGGAGCAGCUUUUACCAGACAAGAUAAUCUAAUGACUCACCAACGUAUUCACACUGGAGAUAAACCGUUCAGUUGUGAUCAGUGUGGAGCAGCUUUUGCUGAGUCAGGAAAGCUAAAGAGACACCAACGUAUUCACACUGGAGAUAAACCGUUCAGAUGUGAUCAGUGUGGAGCAGCUUUUACCAGACAAGAUCAUCUAAGUACUCACCAAUUUAUUCACACUGGAGAUAAACCGUUCACUUGUGAACAGUGUGGAGCAGCUUUUACCCAACAAAGUCAUCUAAGGACUCACCAACGUAUUCACACUGGAGAUAAACCGUUCACUUGUGAUCAGUGUGGAGCCGCUUUUACCACAAAAGAUAAUCUAAGGACUCACCAACGUAUUCACACUGGAGAUAAACCGUUCAGAUGUGAUCAGUGUGGAGCAGCUUAUACCACAUCAAGUUAUCUAAAGAUUCACCAACGUAUUCACACUGGAGAUAAACCGUUCACUUGUGAUCAGUGUGGAGCAGCUUUUACUCAACAAAGUUAUCUAAAGAUUCACCAACGUAUUCACACUGGAGAUAAACCGUUCAGAUGUGAUCAGUGUGGAGCAGCUUUUAUCACAUCAAGUUAUCUAAAUACUCACCAACGUAUUCACACUGGAGAUAAACCGUUCAGAUGUGAACAGUGUGGGGCAGCUUUUACCACAUCAAGUCACCUAAAGAGACACCAACGUACUCACACGAAACUACAAGACCAGCAUGCUUUGGGGGCGGUGCCUAAAAGCAGCGCGCAUCCAAUCACAAGUGAGGUGCUGGUGACAUCAUCGCAGACCGUGACCCGCAGUCGACAAAGCCCGCAGCUGCCCGACCCGGAUUCCGAGGAGGCGCAAAGGAAGAUCAAAGUACUAGAAACCACCAUUGAGGAAUCCCAAUGCAGACACCAGGAGCUGGCUCAGAAGAGUCUGCAGCACGAGGAGGAAAUGAGAGCCCCGGAGGACUGUGAGAUCGAGAGGGAACGUCUCCUGAUGCUCCAAGAGGAGCUGACUGAGCAGCCUGCCCUCAAAGAAAGCUUCCUGCAGGAUGAUCAAGAGGAAGAUGAGGAACCUGCCCGUGGUUCUGAGAUUGCCAAAAUGCUGGAGCUGUCUAGAGCCAGUCAAGAUGACUCCAGUAAUGGCGAAGGAGAAGAAAGAGAGAUCAGCGAGGUAACAGCAACACUUGAUGAUCUUCAAACCCAGAACACCAUGUCGCAGGAUGAGCUCACUCUGAUCAGUAAUGUGAAGGGUGAGCUUGAGGCAGAGCUGGAGAGAGCCAAAGAAGACUUUCAAAUGGGAAAAGAGGAGCUGGAGUUCAAAACCCAUGAGAUGCAAAUGGCCAUGGCUGGUGCUUCUACUGAAGGUGUAAUGGUCAUUAAUCAUGACCGGCAAGAUCAAGAUGUAGAGCCACUUACCAGUUCAACCCAAGACCAAAACUCCCAGCACAGCGAGGAGCAUCAAAACCUGAACCAGGAGUUGAGAAACCAGUGUGAGGAACUGAUCAGAGAGCAAAACACUGUCAUAGCUGAGUGUCACCACACGGGGGACAUGCUUUGCACCGUAGAGACGGAACUGGGUGAGAAAACAAAGGACUUUGUUGUACAAUAUCAAGCCCUGAAGAAACAUGGAGCUAAUAAGAACCAGGACUCGGUGAUGGACUGGGAUCAGAACCAGGACUCGGAGAUGGACCGGGAUCAGAACCAGGACUCGGAGAUGGACCGGGAUCAGAACCAGGACUCGGAGAUGGACCGGGAUCAGAACCAGGACUCGGAGAUGGACCGGGAUCAGAACCAGGACCAGGAGUCCAGCAUCAGGACCAAAGCGGGAUCUUCCUCUGCUGGUCUGCAGAAACAUAAAGGCAAAGAGAGACCCACUAGUUAUCGCUGUGAUCACUGCAAGAAAGUCCUCACCACUUCAUCAGGUCUGAGAAAACAUAAGAUGACUCACACUGGAGAUAAACCGUUCACUUGUGAUCAGUGUGGGGCAGCUUUUACCCAACAAAGUCAUCUAAAGAUUCACCAACGUAUUCACACUGGAGAUAAACCGUUCACUUGUGAUCAGUGUGGAGCAGCUUUUACCAAACAAAGUCAUCUAAAGAUUCACCAACGUAUUCACACUGGAGAUAAACCGUUCACUUGUGAUCAGUGUGGAGCAGCUUUUAUCAGACGAGAUAGUCUAAAGAUUCACCAACGUAUUCACACUGGAGAUAAACCAUUCACUUGUGAUCAGUGUGGAGCAGCUUUUACCCAAGAAAGUAAUCUAAGGACUCACCAACGUAUUCACACUGGAGAUAAACCGUUCACUUGUGAUCAGUGUGGAGCCGCUUGUGCCACAAAAGGUAAUCUAAGGACUCACCAACGUAUUCACACUGGAGAUAAACCGUUCAGAUGUGAUCAGUGUGGAGCAGCUUUUACCCAACGAGGUAGUCUAAGGACUCACCAACGUAUUCAUACUGGAGAUAAACCGUUCAGAUGUGAUCAGUGUGGAGCAGCUUUUACUACAUCAAGUUAUCUAAAGAUUCACCAACGUAUUCACACUGGAGAUAAACCGUUCAGAUGUGAUCAGUGUGGAGCAGCUUUUACUACAUCAAGUUAUCUAAAGAUUCACCAACGUAUUCACACUGGAGAUAAACCGUUCACUUGCGAUCAGUGUGGAGCAGCUUUUACUCAACAAAGUUAUCUAAAGAUUCACCAACGUAUUCACACUGGAGAUAAACCGUUCAGAUGUGAUCAGUGUGGAGCAGCUUUUAUCACAUCAAGUUAUCUAAAUAUUCACCAACGUAUUCACACUGGAGAUAAACCGUUCAGAUGUGAUCAGUGUGAGGCAGCUUUUACCACAUCAAGUCACCUAAAGAGACACCAACGUACUCACACGAGUGAAAAACUCUAAAGAUGUGAUCAGUGUGAAGUGUGGAAUUGCAAAAAACACCUCAGCACAAAAAGCAAAAUAAUCAGACAUCAUACCAAUACUCGAAAGACUAUCAUAUGAUGCCCCCUGGACACCUCCUGGGAAGGUGUUCCUGGCAUGUCCCACCAGGAGAAGAUCCAGGAGACACCGGAGGGAAUGUCUUUUGGCUGACCUGGGAACGUCUCUGGAUCCCUCCAGAAGAGCUGGAGGAAAUGUGUGGGGUGAGGGAAGUCUGGAAAUCUCUGCUCAGACUGCUGCGCCCGAUAACCAGUCCCACAUCAAGUGAAUGGAAAUGGAUGGAUGGAUGGACAAAAUCCAUAUAUCUGCAAAAAGCAGAAAUUUAUUGUUACACCAUACUGAGAUACAGAAUGUAAUCUAACUAUAGUAUGAACUAUUCCACAAAUACUGCAUUAGCGCAUCUCUAACAUCUCUGCCUUCCUCCUCUCCACCCCGAGCCACUGCCACCACUGGCUGAGGUGAUGCUGCUGCAGGUACAUCCUAUGAUGUUUCUUACAUCUUUCCAUGACUUUCACAGAUUAUGCAGUGGACAGGAAGUCAUCACCAUUCAUUUCACCAGUCGGACAUCACAGAAGGCAACCUGCUGAAUUCAUCUUCCACAACCACUCGUGCUCCGUUGACUUUGUGCUUAAACGCAGACUGUUCUGCUGUCAGUCGUCCAGUGUCAUGGAAUGGUUUCAAGAGCCAGUCCUGCAAAGGAUAAGUAGAGUCUCCAAGAAUUAAAUACCCAGCAGUCACUCUAUAUUCCUGAUGUGAGCUAGGAAGAUGUUCCUCCGACUGGCUAACUCCUGUGUAUGUAUUAUAUAUGUAAUCAACCAUUUGUCCUUGAGAGCUGAAAUUUCAGGAUCGAUUCCUUGAAUGCUUUGCUAAAUUUGCCCCUUUUUAACAUUUCUUGAUAUUUUUAUGUUAAAUCCACUGUUUUUGGCAAUUUCUGAGGUUUUGUCCGUUGGCGACACUCACUGGUGAUGCAUUGAAGUCCAGUAUAUGAGGAAACAUGACGUCAACAAUAAGUUCAAUACCACAAGUGAAGGACAUGACAGUCCCCACAUCACCAGUGUUGUGCUACGUCCAAUGAUCAUGUGAACUCUGAACUUAUAAAUGUUUGUGAACAUUUUGUGAACGUGUAUUUAAACUUUAAAAGUCGGUUCAACCCCGACCAGCCUCCUAAAAUGGCCGCCUUUUCCAGAACUACAAGACCAGCAUGCUUUGGGGGCGGUGCCUAAAAGCAGCGCGCAUCCAAUCGGUGCUGGUGACGUCAUCGCAGACCGCGACCCGCAGUCGACAAAGCCCGCAGCUGCCCGACCCGGAUUCCGAGGAGGCGUGAGCUCAUGAGCCCUGGUGAUCAGUAAAACUUAGAGCGGUUCAGAACUGAGAUUACUGCAUACAUCAUCAUCAUUGUGUUCGUUAUGUUGUAGUCGCCAUUUUCUGCCAGUCAUUCACGUUUGAAACGCCUGCGUUUGCCAUCCGGUCUAGUUGCACAUGGCGAGGACGCGUCCAUCUUUAAAAUACCAGAGUCCCGCCAUCUUUAAACACUGCAGCCACGUUGUUUGAACCUGUUUUGUUGGAUCGUGUUUAUUAUUGUUUGAGUCCAUGCAUUUAACUUUCAUUUCAUUUUUAUUGUUGUUGUUUUUCUUGUUAGUUAAUCUUUUUUGUUUAUCGUAGUGUGCCAUCAGGAUUGAUUUUGGGUAUUUAUUUACAUCUGCUUUGGUACCCGUAUGUAAAUAAAUUCUGAUUGAUUUUUAAUGAGGAGUUGUUUGUGUUUCAUACAAUUUUGGUCACAUUGACUGUUUGACAGAGCCAGUGCCAAACUCUU